UGCUACAUUUGAUGAGCAAAAGGAGCUAAAACAUGUGAACGGCAGCAGCCGCAGCGAAAACAUGGCGAUGCCCGUGAGUGCGGCUCGUGUCUGUCGCCUGGCAGGACGCACUGUUUCCUCCCUGUCAGCCGGACACAGGCGGGCUGUCAACCUGCCAGCGAGGACCUGCUUCAUCUCCACAUCCACGGCCAGCAGUCUGCAGUUCAGGCUCGACGAGCGAACAGCCCACAGCAGUCUGGACCUCUUCAAGAAAGACACAGGCGUCAUCUAUCGCAUGAUGGGCCUUGACCCCAGCCAGGUCCAAGAUGACCCUGAGCGUUUCCGAGACUGGGCUGUCGUGUUUGGCGACAAGACGAUCAGCAGCGGACGACAUUACUGGGAGGUGACGGUGAAAAAGUCUCAAGAAUUUCGUCUGGGUGUGGCUGAGGCGGCGAUGUCCAGAGACGACUGCGUGGGCACCAACAGCUCCUCCUGGGUGUUUGGUUAUGCUCAGCGGAAGUGGUUUGCCAUGACCAGCAAUAAGAUGGUUCCCGUGACACUGGUGGGCAAGCCGGACCGUGUUGGGAUCCUUCUUGACUAUGAAGGGGGUUUCCUGGGGCUGGUUGACGUGGAGCAGCCCAGGAUCAUUCACACCCUUAGGGGUCAGUUCAAGGCCCCUCUCUGCCCAGCGUUUGGACUUUGGGACGGGGAGCUGCUCACACACUCGGGUCUGGAGGAGCCCGAAGGCCUGAUGUGAAGCUGGAUGGCGUGAUUGUUGUAAAGGCCGGGAAAAGUAGCAGGCUAGGCUUGUUACCAUGGCAGUACUUAUGACAACAGUAUCUUUAAUAAGUGGAGAAAAGAAAGCAAUAUCUUUAUGUAUCAUGUCUACCUUAAUUACAUUAUUUUGUGUGCGUGUGUGGUCCAGAUGUUUUCUAACCAUCCAGUACUCUGUGUAUAUCAUCAAGCCUCAGGCAAUUAUAAGUGUACCUCAUGUGCUACCUCUCUGAGAGGAACAUUAGCUGCCAAGUUGUUUUUGUUUUGUUUUUUUACAUUGAAUGUGCUGGCAUUACCCACCUUUACAAACUUAAGUCAAUACAAAGCAUUUUUCAAGCUCAUGUUUAAACUCAAAUUUAAUAAAAUAACUUCACUGAUGCUGCCUCUACAUUCUUUUAUUUACAACAGUUUGUCAUUUACAGUGACCUUAAGGCUUUAAUACAAAUCAGGAAACUGCUUUUUCAUUGCAGGUAAAGCCGUUUUCACACAUGAACUUUUCAGCAACAACACAAUCAUGCUCGUCAUUCAAUCCCUCUUUAGAAUGAGGAGACUGUGCAGGAAGCACCCUCACUUAAACCAGAAUAUUUCCAGAAGUGAGAACUGUGAGGACAUGAACUGUCUCCUGUUGAAUGCUGCAUUUGAGAAAGGAAACUGGACAUUAUCCCAACAUUUUCCAGACUUAAUGCGUGUGAAAACAGCUCAAGUUGCAAAUGAAGCGCAGUGAAAUCAUCACAGUUCUGCAUACUGAUAAAACAAGUUUGCAUUCAUUUAUGUGCACAGCUUAUAUUCACAUUCACAUAUUGUGUCAACCCAAAUGUACACUGUUCCCAGCACCUGACACAUUCAGAUAUUUGUUUGACAAGAAUAUCCAAUGAGGUGUUUUUCGAACUGCAAAAAAAAAAAAAAAAUCACAUCACAGUGCAUCAGCAGAGUAAACUGAAGCCUUGACAAAGAAGAGUGUUUCUCAUGGGCAUUAAUCCCCAUUUUGUAUGUUGCACAUAUAAUCAACAUCCUGGUUUUGAGAAACGUGGACAAUCCGCCUGAAGUACUUCAGCAGAAACUUGAACAGUGUGGCAUGUCAAAACCUUUUCUGAACAUCUUGUGGCUGAGAAAGAAAUCAAGACAACUGCACAAAGAUGAUCAGAAAUUACUGCAUGAUCAUGUACACAUGAAAAUAGGAAAAAAAAAAAAAGGUUACUCAUGUUUCCUAUAAAGACUAAUUUGGAUGUACCAGGAUUCUGAUAUGAAACUGACUGAAACUGUCCUUUCAGUGUUUCAGACAUUAACUACAGUCAUGGUAAAAAGAAAUUACAGCCCCUGUCAGUUGUAAGGUUUUUUGAACAGUUAUGGUCAGAUGUUUACAUCACAGUCAUUGUGAGCACUCAUUGUGAACUGUUCUUUUUCAGGGUGGAAUGAUUAUACAGCACAAAUCUUUAAUGACUUUAAAAUCCAAAAACUGGA